ACGCUUGUAGACCACGCUUGAUUACCCUUAGGAUUGGGUUAUCAGCGUUGAUCUUAUUAAGUUGUCAGCAUUGAUCGGCAUCAGUUACAUCAGCUGACUGAAUAGCAACGAUUAGUGGCGUUGUUUCGCGUGAUUUCGCGCCAACAGGAUAAAAGGCGGGUUUUUGCAGAGUAGUGUACUUUUGGAGGCAAUAAAUAAUAAUCUCUAUCUGUACGCGUUUUUGCGCUCGAUAUAUGCAGAAAGCAAUGUCGCAACCAUUAGUAACGGCAUACUUUAGUACGCGCAAACGACCAGCGUGUGACGAUUUACGUGGCAAGUCCAAGGUUUUACUCCUGGAGCAAGAUAACCAAGCGCAAACAAGUGUCGAAAACUUGCAGCGAUCCGGGUCGGAGAAAGGUUUAGGAACCGAAGAAAGUCCGAAAGUCGUAUUGAGAAGUGCUGUUACGAGUUCAAAGGAAGGCGUUCGAGUCAACAAAGCGGUUCGCAAUAUUCAGUUUGAUUCUUCGAAAGCGAGUCCUGACAAAACGAGCAGACCUAAACCGCGAACCACUCGCUCUCGCACAUUGCCCUCCACAGAUGGAAAUCAGGCGGAUAUCAGAGAUAGCUUUUUGAAGAUGGAGAGUGAUCUGGAAACCAAGAAAGUUCUCUUCGAGAAGAAAGGUACGCUUAGUCCAAAGAAGAAAGCACAGGCAUCCAAAAAUGCUUCUACUGUUUCAAAAGACAACAUGAAAGAAACUGAAAAGGAACAAUUUGCUGGUAGCUCUCUUACUCCAUCAUCAUCAAAAAAGCUUUCAACGAUGGAAAGACUCGUAAGAAAUGAAAAUUUAAGUUUGACUGAGAUCAAAAACAGGAUUAAUAAAUCCUCUAGAUUGGCAGAGCUGAAAGCUAUAACGCAACGAAUUGCAAAUUGCGAUCAGGCAUUGAAACAAUUGCAUAAGCAAAAUGACAUUAAGAAACCUCAAAUGCAAAAAUUUGAUAAGAUAGAACUUGAAAUUCCCAUGAGCCCACAGAAGGCAUAUAAAUCUCCAGCUAAAGGAUUGCUGACUCCAACCAAAGACAGAGAUCUAUCAAAAGUUAGUCCUCAGAGGCAAAUUUUGUUUGAACCUAAAGAAACAACACCAAGUCCAGGGAAAUCUAGUCCUGUUAAGGCAUAUCAAAAGUAUUUGUCACUGGCUGAAAGCGAGAUACCUGGAUUAGCAUUGCCAUACAGCUAUAGAUUCCUAGCUGAAAUAUUUAGAUGUGUUGAUACGGUUUCAGCGAUGCUUUUUAAUAGAAAAGAAUUGAUAACAUUCACUAAACUGAAACCUGCCGUUCAGGAAAUGCUGCGACGUAAUUUCACACAGGAGCACCUAGCUCAAAUAAAAACUAUUUAUCCUGAUGCGUAUACUUAUCAUCAAGAGAAACAUCGAAAUUUUGGUUCGGUGUCCAAGCAUGAAAAGUACGAAUUAGUUCUAACACCUGUAGUUGAAAAAGUUAGUGACAGAGAUAUGUCUGAUGAGGACAAUGUAUUGAAAAUUGCGUCCGAAAGUAGUAUGAAUCCUACAAUAUUGUUAGGAAGAAGGAAGAAAUUUUAUAAUGUUUUAUUAGAAAGAGUCAAGGAUGAGCAUGAGAAAUUUUUAUUAAGCUUUGAAACUCCAAGACUAAUGAACAUACCAAGAGAGAAAAUAGUACGCUGGCAUCCUGAAUUUGAUGUGGAGUCUUGCAAGGAAAUUGAGCAGGCUGUGUUACCGCAGCCACCUUAUGUUGAAAAACCAACUGCUAAAGAUAUGCUUGAUAAAGCUAAAUCUUUAUUUAAUUAUGGUACACCUAUGGAAAAAGCAUUGCAGAGACUAGCUGAAGCAAAUCUAACUUCAAAAUCCAAAUCUCCAUUUUCUACAAAAGAUUCCAUGACCGUGGAAAAUGGAAUUCCAAAAGUUAAUAUUGCUAUUGUAGAUACUCCACCAAGUAUGCCAUCCAUACAAACUAAUCAUCUCGCUACACUGUUUAAAGGCAUCCCCAAAGCUCUACUCGAGAAGGUACGGAUAAUUGCUUUAUUUGUUCUUAUUAAGUCUUACAUCACGCACGCGCGCGCGUACACCACACACACACACACACAC